GGGGGCUUCCAAGGACUGUGGGGACAAUGGGAUUCUCAAAUACCUAUCUUAAAAGCUCUGGGAAGAUGAAUUCGUAUGAUAUGUCUCCAGCCCAGAACUGAUGCUGAAUUUCGGACCAAACUAAGGGGGCUUGUUAGGUUAUGGUUCGAAAGACAUGUAGUGCUUUGGAGCCACCUUCAACUAUGAUAGUUGUACCAUAUCCAGCUCAAGUGAUGAGGUUGCGGGACGGUGGACAGGGGCAAAUCUUCUUCGAUACUUCGCUCUUGUAUACAUCAUAUUGUUCCAUUUUAUAUCAAGGAGCUGGAGAUGAGACGGGCAAAUACUCAAAGAGGAAGGCGUUUCUUGGUAUUUGUAUUAUUCUGGUAGUUAUUUUGCCUUGCCCAGAAGCCACUAUCAAGAUAGUUGCUCUAGAGAGCCGUUGGGGGAUCAAAGGAUAGGUAGUUCCUAGCACUAAUUAGGAGUAAACUAUUCUAGGUACCCUAUCUAGGAUUGAGGGAUUGAUUUAUAUACAUUGGCGCAUCCACAAUCAUGGAAAGACAAAUAGAAGAUCCGAACAGUUUGAUCCCGUUUAUCCGUGUACCCCAUUUCCUC